AGUGUUGUUUUUGUUCGUUUGAGCCUGCCGCACCGAAAGAAUCAAGAAAGGAUGGCGACAGACGCGGAGAAGAUACAGCAGCUACGGCGCAAGGUGGAGGAUUUGACGAGCAAAGUCACGCGGAUGAAAAAAGCCCAUGCACAAGAGAUCUUGCAGUUCCAAAAGCGGAUCACGUUCUUGGAGGGGCAGCUGGCCGUUUCGGUUGCGGUUGCGAAGGGAAAGGCAGCAGCUAGUUCAUCUAGUACUUCUGCGGCGGCUACCGCUCCUGCUACCGGACGUGAACCGAAUCACGCAAUAGAGACGAAAGCAAUUAUCCAGCCUGCUGAUAAGGAACGCGACCGGCAGGUAGGGCAUGCAGCCGAGAGGACCCCGGAGGGGCGCGAGGCAGUCAAAUUGCGUGAAAAUGGGGAGGGCGAGCUCGGCAGCGCAGACGCAAUGAGAAAACCAGAACGAACUACCGCUCGCACUGGUGGCAAUGCUGCCCUACCUGAACCUGAACUGCAGGAAAGCACACGUGACGACGAGCAGGAGAAGGUAUGGACUUACUAUUGGUGAUGUUUUGGUUUUCGCUGCUUCCAUAUAAGUAUGUAGGGGAGGUGGACCUGUGUGUGCCCUUUGCUUGUCUGCGCGAGGUCGUCACGUCAUAGUGCUCUUACCAUUCUUGUCUACGCGAGGUUGUCAUAGUGCUUGCUUUAUUGCUUCUAGGUUGUCUUUUACGGCGAUGGUCCUGCGUCGGGACGGAAAGGCUUCAAGAAGCAGAGAGUUUUGCGUGGACAAGCCGGCAGCACGGUUUGUGGGUCCUCUGAAAGGCCAGACAAGAGACCGCGCACUGAUGUAAUCGUGGAACCGAAUAAAGAGUUUUGCGACAGCAGUUCAUCCUCGAAUUUGGCGUUUGCCGGGACAAAGGCUGCAGGAAAUUGCUCGAGACCUCCAGACGAGAUUGUCGCAGAGGCAGGAAAUGAUACUACGGGUCCUCGUGGCAAAAAUGAGACUCGCGCCAACCGGAACGCCUUCGCAGACAAUCCGUCGGACUUCUCUCUGCUAGUCACGGGCGAGAAAAACAAAAAAGGCCGCCACAAGAAUUCUCGGCCAACGAUGAAGACAGGUCCAGAUGAAGGUGCAUCUGUAGCUGCAGUUACAAGUUCAAGCGCUUCAUCGAAUGCGAACGUGCAACAGGAUCCAGCUGCGGUGGGUGUUCCUUCUGCGAUUUCUCGAGUGCCCCCGCUAGAUAGCGAAUUCUGGACCAAUAACGCUAGCUCUUCGAACAAGAAGGGACACAUCACACGAAGCGACAUACUUCUUGGCAGUGGUGGAGCACCAGCAAGUGCUGUUUCAUCUACGAAAAUACAGCCAAAUGUAGAAGUAGGAGCUCCGAUUCCGCACCACGUCGGCGCUGCGUCCUCGAGUACGACGCGCGGCAAUACUCGCAAUGCCAAAAUGCAGCAGUACCUCCAGCAAAAGCGUCCGAGAAAGGCGGCAGAGAGUGGGUCUUCUAACGCGGGAGAAGGGGACGCCGAGAAGAAAUUGAACGUCUGGGAAAAAAUUUCUUACGAGCGACAGAACCCAUAUGAGCGGGAACCGCUGCGGAAGAAGAUCCGCACCCAAUGGGAGAACUGGCCGGUGAGCUACACACCAGCUGGGUUUUGGGAUUUGCCCUUCCAGAAAACGCAGAAAGAUCAGGCGGCGAAAGCGGACAGGAAGGAACCUCAGAAUUAUAAUCAAGCUGGCUGACGAUGUACUUACGAAUAUUAUGUGUACAAUAGGCACCGAGCGUGCAAAAGCAAUCAUGCUCAUGCAGCUUUAGCAAGGAUUCGGAUUGUGAUGUUUUUGCCACUUCUCACCUGGUCAAUUCGCAUAAAUGUCUGUGACGGCUACAAUUUUCACACUUCGUUGUACUGUGUCCGUCAAAGUUCGAAAAAACACGUCUUUGAGAACGAACCAGUCAAAACUAAAAGUUGUCUAUGCGAAGUUUAGGUUUUUGUUUGCACGACCAAGAACAAU